AUGAUCUACUCAGUAUAUUGCGGCCCCGCACCCUCAGCCUUUGAUUUUGAUGUUGAAGAGCCGUCAACAACUCUCGCGUUGAUGGGCAUAUUUACAGCGUGCUGGGGUUGUCGCAAGCGCAAUCCCGCAAAUGCGAAUCCACAGCAGAGCGCUGGAAACCAGGAUAGAGGCGUCAGAAGCACAGGGCAAAUCUUCUCACUUACUGAAGCGAAACCUCGUCCGCUUCGACGUAUGACCGUACCCAGUCCUUUUUCUGAAAGUGUGGUUAGCGAGUUCGACGAAAUGGAAAUGGUUCUUCCUCAGUAUCCUACAAACUUUUCAAGGAAAGGGACAGUAGAAGAUGAGGAGGCAAAGAAAACAGAUCCGCAAAUGGCUCCUGCUUCAGCAAGAGCUGGGUAUGGAACACUGCCACGUAGUGUCAACGCCCAAUUUUACAACUGUGCACAGCCUCAGGGACAUUACGCGCAGCCACAGCAGCUGCGCGCUUGUCUUUCUGACGGCAUGCUGAACUAUCUAGUACCCGGACACGCGCCGUCAUACGGCGAGUACCCAACGGGCCUGCUUCAGUUUCCCAUGCAGCCGCCUCCUGGGUAUACUCUUGAUCCAUACUCGUCUGAUCCCGGCUUGUACAUGCAAAAACAAUUACAGCAGCUGAAUUAUCCUAUGUCAGCCCAUGGCGUUACCGGCUUCUCACUUCAUCAACCUUCAACGGUUGGUAUCUCUAUGAUGACUCCUCCUGCAUCUGCUUAUUCGUCCGUGCAAGCUAUGCCACCGUCACUAGAUCAGCACAGUUCCUCACCCUCGUAUACCCUUCAGCAACCUCCUCAACCUACUCAGCUGAUGUCAACAGCUGGAAUGAUGAGUGCACAGCAUCAGCAGCAGCUCUAUCAGCAACAGUAUGCGCCUUACCAAGGCACACCACAGCUGGAAAAUCAACCUCCACUGGAAUAUGAAUCUCACGAGGGUGCGUCUACGUUCCGACUGCACAGCAAGGAUGCAUCGUCUAGCCGCAUCGAUCCACCACUAGAGAUCAAUCGUAAUUUGACAAACGGGGGCAUGACAUAUCAGAAGGACCAAGUGCAAAGGCAGUCGCCUUGCCCAGUCGGAGCAGGACCAAGACGGUCGAGAGAUUCUCGUGAAGGGGAAGCAGUUGCACCAGAACCGGAGCGAGUGCGAGUGCAGGAUUCAGAAACUACAGUUGCUUCACCGCAGCCAUCAGCGUCUCGUGAUCCAUCGAACAAUACUAGCGGCGCGUCCACUGAAGAGAAGGCAACUGUUCCUCCGGGAGUAACAUUUGAGGUUACUGAUGACCAAGCAGCGGAAGAUUUCGAUAAGAUUGCUGAACAACGUCGUCAAGCAAAACGGGCAGCACUGCUGACAAAAAUGAUGAUGCGCAAGGAGGAAAAUAAAAGAAAGGUCGAUCAAGGAAAGCAGAGAAAUGCCGAGAAGAGACUUGCUGAAAUCGCACGUCGGAUGGCAGAGCAGCGGAAACUAGAGAAAGAGCUGCAGCGACAGAAGAUCUUGGACGACUUCAGACGGCGGAAGAUGGGAGAAGAGUUGGGAGUUAAAUUCAGAUCGAAUUCGGCUCGAAGUUGUCGUGGACACUCACAACCACCUUUUGUCCGUACGAAAUCACAGAUGUCCGAAUCAGCAAUGGGUGCCGACAGGAAAAGGGGCGAAGAGGGGCGUCCACCUAGGGCACGAAGUCAAUCCGCGGUUGACCGACGUAACUCGGUUGCAAGCUUGCAGGAGCCAACUCAUAAGUUGUUUGCCAAAGCUGCACUGAAAUCGAAUCGUGGUCUGAUAAUCAAUGCUCUGCAAUAUAGCGUGUUCCCAGGACCUGUCGACGACCUAACGAGAAUGAAGACAAUGACUGAUCUGGCUGCUUCGGAUGCCAAACACUUCCUCAUUCUUUUCCGCGACUACAAGUACCGAGGCCUUUAUAGUUGGGAUCAGAUUUCCGACACCGCUAUCAAAAUUUCUGGUCAAGGGCCUCCGAAAUGCUCCGAAAGCAUCAUGAAGUUGAUGUUCAAGUACGAUUCGGGUGCGAAGAACUUCUCACAGAUUCCUACAAAACAUCUCGGUGCAACUAUUGAUGGUUUCUGUAUCCAAGAUCGGUUUUGGCAAAUGCCGAAAACCCCUUGUAGCAGCGCAGCAUCUCAUCGGAUUGACUGA